CUUUCUCAAAACCAUAAUCACUCCUCCUCUUCUGCUGCAUUGGGACUUGGGAGUCUCCAUUUCUCUUAACUGUGAUUUCACUUGCGUAAAAUCAAAUCUUUCUUAAAACCCAGUUGGAUUUAUUGAAAACCCUUUGGGGUUUCUCAUUCUCUGCAGGACCCAUCUCUCUGGUUAGACUUUGUGACGAGUAUUCACAAUACAAUGAGUACUCCGGCAGUGAAACCCCCAAAACAAGCAAAACCCCCAAACCAAAACCAACAAUCGUCUUCAACGCCUGCAAGAUCAUCGUCCUCUUCACUGUCCUCUCACUUGGUAAUGGUGGAGCUUAAGCAGCGAAUCCUUACAUCCCUCUCCAAGCUCUCCGACCGUGAUACUCACCAGAUCGCCAUUACUGACCUUGAAUCCAUCAUUCAGACCCUUACCCCGGACGCCAUCCCAAUGCUUCUCAACUGCCUCUUUGAGACCUCCCUGUCUGACCCAAAACCCUAUGUGAAGAAGGAAUCUCUCCGACUUCUCUCCCUCACUUGCCAACUACAUGCUGAUUCCACAUUUUCCCAUUUGACUAAGAUCAUUGCCCAUGUCGUCAAAAAGCUCAAGGAUCCUGACACCAGCGUCAAGGAUGCGUGCCGUGAUGCGAUUGGGUCGCUUGCUAAGCUCUACUUGAAGGGAGAGGGAGGGGAUAAUGGAGGUGGGUCUGUGGUGGGGUUGUUUGUGAGGCCAUUGUUUGAGACCAUGGGAGACCAAAACAAGGUAGUGCAAUCGGGUGCGGCCAUGUGCAUGGCAAAGAUGGUGGAGGGUGCAGCAGACCCGCCGAGGCAGGCAUUUCAAAAGCUGUGCCCCAGGAUCUGCAAAUUAUUGAACAAUCAAAAUUUCUUGGCAAAGGCUUCUUUGUUGCCUGUUGUGGCGAGCUUGUCACAGGCGGGGGCAAUUGCACCUCAAAGUAUGGAAACAUUCCUGCAAAGCAUUCAUGAAUGUCUUGGAAGUGCCGACUGGGCCACACGUAAGGCAGCAGCUGAUGCUUUAAUUGCCUUUGCAUUACAUUCAAGCAAAUUGGUUACAGAUGGAGGAGCUUCCACACUGACAGUGCUUGAGACUUGCCGUUUCGAUAAGAUAAAACCUGUCAGAGAGAGCAUGCAAGAAGCAUUGCAACUGUGGAAGAACAUUUCUGGGAAUUGUGAAGGAGCUCCAGAUGAUAAGAAAGCUUCAUCUCAUGAUGGUGACCUUGCUGAAAAAACCGAGUCAUCAGAUUCUGCUGGUGACCGGAAAACAGAGACAUCAGUGAAGGAUUCAUCUACUGCUACUUCUACUUCAGAGUCUGCUUCUAAAGAAAGAGGUGGAGGCAUUCCUGACAAAGCAGUUGUAAUAUUGAAGAAGAAACCACCUGUCCUAAGUGACAAAGAACUUAACCCAGAAUUUUUUCAGAAGCUUGAAACAAGGGGUUCCGGUGAUUUUCCAGUAGAAGUAGCUGUUCCUCGUCGAUUUCUCAUUUCUUCAAAGGAUGGGGAUAAACUUGAAGACAUUCAUGGAUCUUUAAACACCAAGUAUUGUAACACAGAGAAAGGAAUUGUGGGUGCCAAUUCUAAACAGGUGGAGUUUGAUGACAUCCUGCGAGAUAAAUGGCCAGAUGAUAGGAUAAAUGCAAAGGAUUCAAGAGCAAGGGUAUCUGAUGAUGAUCGGACUGAUAUAAACCAACAAGAGUCAUCUGGCAAUCAUGCAGGAUUUUCCAAAACUGAUGUUCAAUCUGAAAGUUCCUUCAUCAGUAAUAAAGGAAAUUGGUUGGCCAUCCAGAGGCAGUUAUUGCUACUGGAGAGACAACAAGCUCAUCUCAUGAACGUGUUGCAGGAUUUCAUGGGUGGAUCUCAUGACAGCAUGGUAAUUUUAGAAAACAGAGUUAGGGGGCUUGAGAGAGUUGUUGAAGACAUGGCUCGAGAUUUGCCAGUAUCAUCGGGUAGGAGGGGAAGUAAUUUUGCUAUGGGGUUUGAAGGAUCUUCCAAUAGACCUUUAGGCAAGUAUAAUGGCUACCCUGACUACUCCAAUGGCAAGUAUAAUGGGCGUGUGCCAUUUGGGGAAAGAUUUCUGCAAUCUGAUGGAACUGCUUCCAGCACGAGAGGAAGAGGCCCAACAUGGAGAUCUCAUGUGUCAGAUGCUUGGGAUUUCUCGGCAUAUGGUGCUUCUAGAAAUGGACAGGUUGGUUCUAGGAGAACUCUGGGUGGUGGUCCUCUGGAAGGUAGAUCACCUAAGUCAGAAAAUGAUGGUGACCAAGGCGGGAGUAGGAGAGCUUGGGAUAAUGGGGUUGGACCUGUUAGGCUGGGUGAGGGGCCUUCUGCCAGAAGUGUCUGGCAAGCCUCAAAAGAUGAGGCAACCUUGGAAGCAAUUCGGGUAGCUGGAGAGGAUGGUGGAACCUCUCGGACAGCAAGAGUGGGUAUCCCUGAGAUGACUGCGGAAGCUAUGGCGGAUGAUAAUAUUGGGCAGCAGAGAGACCCUAUCUGGACUUCCUGGAGUAUUGCAAUGGAUGCACUUCAAAUGGGUGAUAUGGAUACCGCUUACGCGGAAGUUAUUUCUACUGGGGAUGAUCUGUUGCUUGUGAAGCUUAUGGACAGAUCAGGUCCCGUGGUUGACCAAUUGUCAAAUGAGAUAGCAAAUGACGUCUUGCAUGCUCUUGGCCAGUUUCUGGUGGAGCAGAACUUAUUUGACAUCUGUUUAUCUUGGAUCCAACAGUUGGUGGAAGUGGUGAUGGAAAACGGACCAGACGUCUUGGGCAUUCCCAUGGAACUGAAGAAGGAUAUUUUGGUGAACCUACAUGAAGCUUCCUCAGAAAUGGAACCACCCGAGGACUGGGAAGGGGCGGCCCCCGAUCAACUUUUGUUGCAGCUGGCAACAGCCUGGGAAAUUGAGCUGCAACAGUUUUGAGAAGUAAUCAGCUGGUUAUGAGGCUUUGUAUUCCAAAUUUUUUGACUUGGUAUCAUGUACUCAACAGAAGUUAUUGCAAGUUGAGGAAUGCAGUGAUAUAAUAGCAGCAAUUGCAUCAAGUUGGAAUUGGUUUGGCCUCAAUUUGAACCUCAACUUCUAUGUUUUCCUGCACCUUGAAGUGUUUCCUUCCUAAAUUGUGAAGAUUUGGGACA